UCUACGGAUCAUUUUAUUUGCGGACCGGAGAGAUCAUGGCGUUCAACUUCGGUAACGUUGCAACCAAUCCUGCAAGCACGUCUGGAUUUUCAUUUGGUUCAUUUGGUGCCAAAACUACAGCAUCAAGCACAUUUGGCUUUGGCACCACCACCACAGCUGCCCCCACAGGAUUUGGUACAGGCCUUGCCGCCCCUGGUUUUGGGGCGACCACGACCACCGCAGCGGCGCCCUCAGGGUUCGGCUUUGGCUCCACCACCACAGGAUUUGGGGGGCUAGGAGCCGGGAACAUCGCGGCUGGUGCUUUUGGGGCCUUUGGGACCACCACCACAUCCGCUGCGCCCGGCUCCACCUUCAGCUUUGCAGCUCCUUCAAGCACCACAGGGGGCCUGUUUGGGAACACCCAGAACAAAGGUUUUGGGUUCUCCUCUGGACUGGGCGCUGGAACCGCCCCAGGGACGACUGGGUUUGGAACCGGGCUUGGAACGGCCACUCUGGGUGGAGGCUUUGGCGGCUUCAACAUCCAGCCAACGCAGCAACAGCAAGGAGGCUUGUUUGGCCAGCAGCCCCAGGCCCAGCCCCAGCCCACCCAGCUGUACCAGCAGGUGACCGCCCUCUCCGCCCCCACCCUGCUGGCAGACGAGCGCGAUGCCAUCCUGGCCAAGUGGAACCAGCUGCAGGCCUACUGGGGCACAGGCAAGGGCUACUACAGCAACAACGCCCCCCCCGUGGACUUCAACCUGGAGAACCCCUUCUGCAGGUUUAAGGCCGUGGGCUACAGCUGCAUCCCUGGCAGCAAGGACGAGGACGGCCUGGUGGCCCUGGCCCUCAACAAGAAGGAGGCGGACGUGCGCGCGCAGCAGCAGCAGCUGGUGGAGUCGCUCCACAAGGUGCUGGGGGGGAACCCCGCGCUCGCCGUCAACGUGGAGGGAGUCAAAGCUCUGCCGGACGACCAGACGGAGGUGAUCAUCUAUGUGGUGGAGCGGUCCCCCAACGGCAAGCGGAUCCCAGCCACCACGCUGUACGGCUACGUGGAGCAGGCCAACGUCAAGGCCCACCUCACGCAGCUGGGCGUUCUCAUGUCCGUCACGCGCACCGAGCUGUCCCCCGCUCAGUUCAAACAGCUGCUGCAGAAUGCCCCUGCAGGUGUGGACCCCAUCAUCUGGGAACAGGCCAAAGAGGACAAUCCUGACCCGGAAAAGUUGAUCCCUGUGCCCAUGGUGGGCUUCAAGGAGCUCCUCCGCAGGCUGAAAAUCCAGGACCAGAUGACCAAGCAGCACCAGACCAGAGUGGAUAUCAUCUCCAACGACAUCAGCGAGCUGCAGAAGAACCAGUCCAUCACCGUGGCCAAGAUCGCCCAGUAUAAAAGGAAGUUGAUGGACCUCUCCCACAGGGUUCUACAGGUGCUCAUCAAGCAGGAGAUCCAGAGGAAGAGCGGCUAUGCCAUCCAGGUGGAGGAGGAGCACCUGCGCGUGCAGCUGGACACCUGCCAGUCUGAGCUCAACGCUCCCACACAGUUCAAGGGGCGGUUGAACGAGCUCAUGUCCCAGAUCCGAAUGCAGAACCACUUUGGGGCGGUACGCUCUGAGGAACGCUAUAGCGUUGAUGCCGACCUGCUCCGAGAGAUCAGACAGCACCUCAAGCAACAACAGGAAGGCCUAGGUCACCUGAUAAGCGUCAUCAAAGACGACAUGGAAGACAUUAAACUGAUAGAACACGGUCUCCAUGACAACGUACACAUAAGGGGGGGCAUGCUCAGCUGACCCCCGCUCCCACUCCACAAUAAAGAGACAUGAAUCACCACUUAUGUAUAUAAGCAUUUUUAUGAUUUUUUGGUAACAUUUUACUUGUUGAAAUCUUUGAGUGGCGUAAACAAGUCCAACAUGGUCUAAUAAAAUGUCG